CGCUUUAUAGACAGCAUUAGAAUCCUAGGAUAUAAUAAUAUAGAUAUAAUUAUUUCCGCUCUACCGAUAAAUAGGAUGCGAUUCCAAUAUCCCUGGGCAGAUAACCUAGAGCACUGUUAUAUCUUCGGCUUAAUACCUUUUACGGCGCAGGUACUGGGUAUUAUAGAGACGGCACGGAAGUAUAACUAUAGUUUAGGCGUUUCCGAGGAUAAGUAG